AUGGGUUGUGCUUGCUCAAAGAAUGAGAAUGCCGGGCCGCGAAACCUGCCCACCUUCGCCAGGGUAUCCAUCUUCAAGUCGCUGGCCGAGGCGGGCGAUGCCACCAUGCCCAGCCAGCGCAAGCUCGAGGCGUCGUCCAGCGACGACUCCCUGGCCCCCAUGGGCCAGGAGGGCGUCGAGGGACAGAGCCCUCCCCCACCCCCACGCCAGGAAGACUCCCCCGUCCUCCUGACGGGGGACUCCGAGGCCCUGCUGGCCAAGUCCCGGGGCAUCAAGCACACCUUCAGGCUUCGCGUGGGCGUGCUGGAGGGCGCUACUUUUCUGAACCAGUAUAUCGUGGUGGACACCCUGGGCCGCGGCUCCUACGGCCGAGUGAAGCUGUGCCUGAGCACGCAGGACGACGAGCUGUAUGCCAUCAAGGUGGUGAACCGGGCCCUGAUCGACGUGAUGCGGCGCCUGCGCCACCCCAAUCUGGUGCGUCUGCACGAGGUGAUCGAGGACGGGGCCAGCGGCAAGGUGCUCAUGGUCAUGGAGUACGCGGCGGCGGGGCAGCUGCUGGCGAAGGGCCAGCUGUCGCCCGAGCGGCGCAUGCCGGAGGUCAUCGCGCAGUACUACUUCCGCCAGAUGGCCGCGGGCAUGGCCUUCCUGCACGCCAACCAUGUGGUGCAUGGUGACAUGAAGCCCGACAACGUGCUGCUUUCGGGCGACUCCACCGUCAAGAUCGCCGACUUUGGGCAGGCCCACUUUUUCAGGAAACGGGACACCUUUAAUCGCACCCUGGGCACGCCGGCCUUUCUUGCCCCAGAGGUGUGUGCCGGGGAGACAUACCGAGGCCGGCAGGCCGACAUGUGGGCGCUGGGGAUCAGCCUGUACCUCUUCAUCUACGGGGAGAGUGAGACCGUGCUGGACCUGUACGACCAGAUCGCGGGGGGCAGCGUGCCCUACCCGGAGCACGUGCCGGUGUCCAUGGAGCUGCAGGACCUGUUCAGGAGGAUCCUGAACCCCGACCCCGCGGCCCGGCUGACGGCGGAGGAGAUGAUGGAGCACGCCUGGGUCAAGGGUGACUUCUGGGCAUCCCUGCUCUCCAGCUUCCAGCUGGCAGACGGCACCUGGGCCGCGCCGCCGGAGGUGCAUGCCAGCAUGCGCGCUGAGGACGUGGCGGCCAUCGUGUUCCCCUCGCCCUCGCCGCAGGGCGCUUCCCCCGUCGCCGGCACGUCGCCGCGGUCCGGGGCCGCGGCGCAGGUGAGUGGCCUGCAGCGCCUGCCGCACUGGGAGGACGGCCUGCGCACGCUGGAAGACGAGGGGCCCGACAUGUCAGCGGCGUCGCUGGAGGACGCCACGCAGAUGCCCUCGGCCGGGCUCCACGCCGCGGGGCCGGGCCGCACUCAGCCCGUGGCCAUCCUUCUGCCCCGGCGCCGCUCCGUCGCUUGGGACGCCAGCUGCGAGGACGGCGCGGGGCUGGGCGCCUUUGCCUUCACCCCGGGCACGGCGCGGGGGGAGGGCAUGGCCAGCAGCGGCAUGUUCCGGCGCUCAGUGGUGCUGCAGCCCGCCCAGGCCCAGCUCCCCUGCCCCAGCCCCUUCCAGAGCGCGCGCCUGUCGACGCUCAGCCCCUCCCCUCCCUUCCUGGGCCAGGCACCGGCCUCCCCUGGGCCGGGCUGGAGCCGGGGCGGGCUGGCGCGGCACGAGGAGGAGGAGGGCGCACCCUCGUCGGACCCGCGGUCCCGGCGGCGGCCGCUGGCACACACCCGCUCCAUGUCGGUGGACGGCGGGGAGGCUGGACCCGAGCCGCACCCCGCGCGGUCGCUGCGCCGCAGCUCCUCCCGAGCGCUGACGGCGGGGUCCAGCGGCAGGGAGCGGCGCACGCAGAGCCUGCGCGGUCCCAGCCCGGGGGCCGAGAGUGCCUCCAGCAGCGCCGCGGAGGGCAGCAGCCCGCGCGGCAGCCGCCCCUCCAGCAGACUGGCAAACCUGGCGCGGCUCUCGCACCGACUGGCCAGCGCCGUGCGAGGGGUCCAGGACAUCGAGGUCCUGCAUGUCGCGGCGGGGGAGAACCUUGGCACGUCGGACAACAUGACCUCGGUGCUCUACAUCGAGUCUGGGGAGCUUGAGAUCAGCUGGGAGGCGCGCCUGCCCUUCUCCCUCUCCGCCGUGCUGGGCCACGCGCUGCGCACCAAUGAGUCCUUCAGCCUGGACCAUGGGCUGUCGGGGCCCAUGGACUCCACCACCAUCGACAUGGACAUUGAGCAGCUGCAGACCGACGCGAGGAGCAUGACGCUGACGGGGACGGUGCGGGAGGCGGCGGAGCGCGCGGCGCUCCUGCUGCGCUCCGCCGCCGUGCCGGGCGCCAUGGACGACCUGCUCGUCACGCGGCGCGGCCCGCGCCAGUUCAUCGGCGCGCUGGGCAUGCUGGACCCCGCCUUCUACCACGACCGCUGGAAGGCCUCGGCCGUGGCGCUGACCCCCGUCACCCUUGUCCGCCUGACGGCCUGGGGCCUGGAGCGGUUCUUGGAGCAGAAUCCGCUGGUGCAAGUGCACCUGCGUGCCAGUAUUGCCCUGACCCAGGCGGAGGUCAUCAAGCUGGAGAGCUUGGAGAAGAUCGCGGAGUGCAUGCACACAACACGCCAGCGCACCGUCGAGAGGAGGCUGGAUGCUGAGGGUCCCAAACCAAACGAGAAGGCUGACUCCAAGAUCGAGGAAGUCGCAGGAACGGCGCCGGCCAACGUGGAGCAUGACGCCAUGCUCGACAGGUUCGCGGUGGUGCACUGGCUGCGGGACACCUUCAACACCCUGGGGCAGGAUGCCUUGAGCACGCUGGGGCUGACGUCGGAUCUGACGCCUGCAUUACGCUCCUCGAAAUCAAACACAAUGACGUAA